GCAUGCAAUGCUGCCAAAUAUCGAGGCUGAAACGGACCAUGCCUCGAAAGAAGUAAAAUGGUAUCUUACGGUCAUAUGUUACAAUCUCCUCCCCAUCCUCGUCUUCCAUGGUCUUGUUACUGAUCAACACGAAGUCCCUCUGGUGGCAGUUCACACAGCCGAGAUAAUUCAUCAGGAAGGAGCCAUUCUCCAGACAGGUGUUCCCCUGUUAAAACGAAUCGUUGAAAUUCAUUACAGUUUUACUGUAAUGAAGUAAAACUGGCUUCAGGGGCAGAAAGAAUGUAUGAAAAGUACAAUCGACAGGCUUUGCUAGCCAUCGGCAGUAGCAAGCUUUGCCGCGUUUUGGAUAUUGCACAAAUAGAGACAAUAAAGGAGUUAAGAAUAUUCCGCAAGCAUUCGAUCAGAUCGGACUUUACUGCUACUCCUCCCCCGAAAAAUGGGCUCGGAAAGCGGUGCGCAGAGGAGGAAAAGGGGGUCAAGCGCGGAGGUACCCGGGCUAGGCCAGCGGCUAGUCCAACUCGCCCAGUCAUGCCAUCCAUCAUCCUGGCAAAUUUACGAUCUGAGGGCAUUCAAAUGGCCAAGGCUUCAGUCAAGAAAGUGGUUAAUGGCAACGCUCCAGUCCAGACCAGUACAGUGGUUAAGGGUAAAGCCCGAUUUAAGACCAAAACAGUGGUUAAAGGUAAAGCCACAGUCAACACGAGGACAGUGGUUGAAAAAAAAGCCCCAGUCAAGACCAAUGCAAAGUGGUCUUCCGGAAAGAAAAAGGAUCACUUUUGUGUUCUCUGUGGCGAAAUUUAUUCAACAAAGGACGGCCAUACCCAUAUGCAAAGUUACCUGCAUCAUCGGGAGUUUAAGAUUGCUUUGGGCAGGGAUAUCAGCCACUGGUGUCAAGCUUGCCAGACGUCUUCCAUUGACCUAUCUGCAUAUGCCAAGCAUGUCGACACACCUGAACACAAACUUAAAUUGAAUCUAUUGAGGCUUUGUGAAAAGCCCAUUGCUUUAUCAAAGAUACUGAGCCCGGAGGACUACAAAAUAGUUGUUGAAAGAAACCAAAACCUAAAGAGUCUACGGAAAAAGACGAGAAAUAAGCGAAAAAAGAAAAUGCUUCAAGAAAGGAAUUUAAGAAAUACAUGCCAACAAAACAAACAUAUCAAGCAAGAGGCCUUACUGGGAACGUUGGGACAGCACGCGGGGUCGAGCGGAAGUAGGGUGGAGCUGGUUCAAAACAAGCGGCAGGCUGAAGAGCUGGACUUCACCAGUGACGACGUCUCUCAAUUGGGAGCCACGCUGUACGAAGAAGAGCCGGUCAGGACGACCACAUCUCAGCCAAGUCCAGGGCCAAACCCAGCAGGUUCAACCCCUCCUGCCCCGCCAGGCGGCCCGUGCAAUACCGAUGUCGGCGUCAUGCUACGCCUAAUCCGGAAGGCGCUCGGCACGCCGACGGCGCACACGGUAGACUCUGGGAGUGGGGUAACGCAGAAAAUAUCAAUCAAGCAGGAGACGUCUCAGAUGGUUGCCGGGAAGAGGCAGCAAAGGAAGAAAGGCAUAGGAAUCCCCAGGUUGGGCGUUGAUCAGGAGAAUCCACCGCUGUGCCCAGUAGACUUUACAGAGGACGAACACCUAUACUGGGACUCUUACAGCGCGACGUCAAACAACGGCCAGGGCAACCCGGCUAGGGUGUCGGUCAAGGGGGAACCGGGGGAGCUGGACACAAGCCCCCCAGAGAGGAGGAAACGUAAAGGGGAUGACGGCCUUUCCAGUACGGACAGGAGUAGAAAGAAGAGGAUGAGCAAAUCAAACAAGGGCACCGAGGAGGUGGACCAGCUGCUGACGGUGUCCCUGCGGGAGGAGGAAGUGUGCAGGGCCCUGGAGGAGCUGGACCGCUCUCUGGUCCAGGCCCGCACCGCCCUGCAGGCCACGUACGCAGAGGUCCAGCGACUCCUGGCCCUCAGGCAGCAGUUCUCUACUGAGGUCAGCGGCCUAAGGGCGAAGCGUAUUGAGAUCCUGCACGGCAUGCAAGGUUCCUCUGGGCCAUCUACUGCCGCAGACCCCGCCGCCCCCUCCAUGCCCCCCAGCCGCUCUCCCCACUCCCCCUUCGCCUGCCUCCCUGCCCCCUCCCCCCUGUUGCAGCUGUCCGCCGCCACCUCGCCGCUGUCCGCUGCCCCGCUGAAGCAGGAGCGCGGAGAUCCACCCCAGGCGGCUCCGCUCCUCAUCCACGCCUCCCGCCUGCUGCCGCACACGCCCCCCUGGCCCGAGGCCCAGCCCACCGCCGAGAGAGCCACCAACACGGCCCCCGCACCGCCGCUCCCCGCCGUGAAGCAGAGCAGCAGCCCGCCGCUAGCCCCCAAAAGGGAGCCGGAGGAAGAGGAGGAGAGCGACGACAGCGACGAGAGCGAAGGCUCGUUGGUGAUCAUGGAGCCCCGCCCGGAUGACAUCAUUCACAUCGACGAAUCGGACAGCGACGUUUCACCCAAGAAGACCCCCCCCGCCCCCGACAGGGAGAACCGGGCUCCCCUUCAGCCCACAACAACCAGCACCCAGGGGGUGAAGGAGCUCACCUCGGUUCCUAUGACGACAUCCGAGCCCGACCAGGGGCCUCCACAGGAGCCGCUGGCCCUGGGGCCCUUCCAGAACCACGCGGGCCCCGUCCACGACCUGCAGAUCUAUGGCGGGCGGCUCUACUCCUGCUCCGGAGACAACACGGCACGGGCCUAUUGCCUCGUGACCAAAGAAUGCCAGGGGGUGUUUGAGGGCCACAGCAGCACCAUCAACUGCCUGCUGGUGGCACCGGCGGCCCAGGGCAUGCUGGCCCGCCUCUACACGGGCUCCAGCGACAAGACGGUGCGCUGCUUCAGCAUCAAGUCUCAGAAGUUCCUGGACCAGGUCUCCUUCCCCGACAGGGUGCUGUGCCUGCACAUAAGCUGGGGUAUUCUCUACGUGGGGCUGGCCAAUGGCUCUGUAGUAAGCCUCCACCUGAAGACCCUGAAGGAGCUGGACGUGUUGGAGUGCCACGGGCCGCGGGGCGUGAGCUGCCUGGGCACGUCCCAGGAGGGGGCGCGCCGCGUGCUGCUGGUGGGCUCCUACGACAGCACCAUCAGCGUGCGCGACGCCAAGAGCGGCCUGAUGCUGCGCUCGCUGCAGGGCCACACCAAGACGGUGCUCUGCAUGAAGGUGGUCAACGACCUGGUGUUCAGUGGCUCCAGCGACACGGGCGUCCACGCCCACAACAUCCACACCGGUGAGUUGGUGCGCAUCUACAAAGGCCACAGCCACUCCGUCACCUCCAUCAUCAUCCUGGGUAAAGUCAUGGUGACGGCCUGUCUGGACAAGCUGCUGCGCGUCUACGAGCUGCAGUCACAUGACCGCCUGCAGGUGUACGGGGGCCACAGCGACAUGGUGAUGUGUAUGGCCAUCCAUAAGAGCGUGAUCUACUCCGGCUGCUACGACGGGAGCAUUCAGGCGUCGAAGCUUAACCUGAUGAAGAACUACCGCUGCUGGUGGCACGGCUGCUCCUUGAUCUUCGGUGUGGAAGAGCAUCUCACGCAGCACCUGCUGAGGGAUCACAGCAACGCCCACCUCGCCACGGUCGCCUGCCGCUGGAGGGGCUGUGACGCCUUCUUCCCCACGCAGGACGCAGUGCAGCAGAAGCUACCUAAACACGUGCAGAGCCACGUUGAGAUGGACAGCCAGCUGAAUAUUUGACGCAUGACAUGAGAUCUUUCAUUUGGAAGCAGUAUUUAUCGUUUGAGUUGGACGAUUCCUCCAUGUGUUUACUGGCAUUGAACCUGUAUAGCUGAAGCUAGUUUUUAAUUUCACAAAGCAAAGAUGUCUAUUUAGACCAGCUCAGGCAAUGCAACCAGUUACAUAAUAAGUCAAUAUUGACAAAAAUGGUGUUUGUACUUGUUGUUUGAUUUAUUUACAUUCAGAUUGGCAGCAAAAUGUGAAUUGCAGGUUUUUUUAAAUUUAUUUUACAUCUGCAAUUUCAUACAAGACGAGUCAAUAAAUGCCUCAUUUGAGUUGAAAAUGUUACCCGAAUAAAGUUUAUUUCAAGGUAAACCACUUUCAACUAUGCACACCAAAACAUAAGCGAAUAUUGCACAAAGUUUUUUUUACACAUUUUAUAAAAGCUUGGCGUCACACUCGAGGUAAUUACAAUCAUUAAUGUAGGAGAGAACUUUGCCUGUGGUUUUAUCAAUGUCAAGAAGCCUUGCUUUAGCAAGGCGUCGGUUUAAAACACAAGCUUUGGUUUAAAACACAACCCUGGUUAAAGUUGAACCAAGUCAAGCCACAGGAUAAGCCAAAAACAUAAGUUAUCCUAUUUCCUUCCGAGUGCUUAUUUGUAGUUUCACCUGACGCUUGCCUUAAUUUUAUUAGCAAGUGCACUUUGUAAACUGAUGCCAAUCGGAAACAUGAACUGCAAUCGUUUGUUUCGUUGUAGACGGUGGUGGGCUUGAGGUGUAGGUGUAGUUCUGGUCGGUGUGUCGCUCUGCUGGGAUCACGGUCCAAGAGAAGGCAGCCAGCCUCCCCUAUGAAUACAUGGUCAGCUGAAGCCACUGCAAAGCAACCACAGAAGGGUCCAUUAGUUAGAUGUGUGGAAUGAGACUUGUAUCGUGUUUGAUAGUGAAAAGGGUUCAUCGCAACCAGGCUUCAUCGUGGGACAGAGGCAGAGUCUCUCAUGACACCAUAUGCUACUGUUCUCCAGGUUAUGGUUAGUGAACUAUACUAGUGAAGAUAAGUCUGCUACCAGCAGACCCACGCUUAGUGAGGAGUGUUAUGAGCGACCGCUGUGAAUAGGGUGAUUCUCCUACCUCUAGGACGUUGAGCUUGAUCAAACCAUCUCCGUCUUUGUCAAACGCAUGGAAGGCCCCUGAAAAAUACCAUUGUAUUGUCUCAAAGUGCCACCAUCGAAAUGUAUAUUUAUAAAUCUAGAUCUAUAUAUCACACACACACGCAUCACGUUUGUUCCUAAUUACUAGAAAUACUUUGUUUCUAAAGACGAAAACCUUGAACCAACUUGGUCCUUUUUUUAAGACGGGUCUGAAUAAAAAAUGUAAAUGUGUACUACUUACUGAACAUUCCUUCUAGCCUCACAAAACAGCAGAUGAAGCUGUCAAAGUCAAUGUUGUUGCGUUCGUCGGCAUAGCGCAUGGCUAAUAUGUCGUACAACUGCUUAUUGAGGUGGAAACCUUGGUGAGGAAGGGAUUACAUGGAGGUUAGGGUAAUUGUGAUACAAAAGAAAGUUGAAAAGUUACUUUAGAUUCAUUCGGUUCACAGAUAUAAAAGAUAAGCCUUCAUUUGAGAUUCAGGGAGCAGGUCUUGGUGUUUGUAUAAUAAAGUUAACCUACUGUGCUGGAUAAUAGUAAAUAAUUGGAUAACAAAUUGUUUCUUAAAUAUAUAUAAAAGGAUAUAAUGUAUUACAAUAGAAUUUUGUCCAUACCGGCAUCAUUCACAGCGUUCCUCAUUUCGAAGCUACUGAUGGUGCAGGAUUUGUCUUUGUCGUACAUUCUGAAGAUGACCUACAGAUGGAUAAGACUGUUAGGAUAGGACAAUAUAAAACAACUAAAGAUGUGAAUUGAACUGGCUUCCUACCUGCCACUGUUUGAUUUUAUUCCACAAGUGUUUGAAUUCUUGUAGAUUCAGCUUCCCAGUGCCAUCAGUCUGCAGAGGGUUUAGUUAGGACCAAAACUACAUGUUCCAAAUAUGGUUGGGCUGAAUUUACAGUCAAUGUUUUUAUAUGUUUGUUCUAUUAGCUACAGCUCAAUUACAGGACUCAUGAUUGCUUUUUAAAACGGCAAACUCUGUAGCAGAAACCUGUUGCUAAUAUUUGCAAACCUGGGUGAGUACAGUUCAAUAACUACCUUCUGAUGUCCAUUGUCCACUGAGACAACGCUCUGCGGGGCAUGGAGCGGAUUGUAUUGGUCAAUACAAAAGCUGAACGCUUUCAGUUUUAUAUAGAGCUGAUGUACUCAGGAGUCUAAUACAUAAAGUCUGUUCAUAUUCCAGCUCUGUGACAAGCAAAGUCAGAUGUUUGACCGUCACCAUCUGGGAGAAGGGAGAAGAUUAUCUUCCUCGACAUGGAAUGUCCUCUGAGCCCACCUCCCAGCUCUGACCCUGCCAAAAUGUGUGUGGGAAACAAAGUCACAGACGCAUACGUUAUUGAACUGACAAGCCAGCAAGGCCAGCCAACCUUAACCACUCUGCCUCAGGUGACCACAGCGCCCUGGUCUGCCUUCAGUGCUCCUGAAAGGAUACGUCCAUCAGGGCGAUCAUGCUCCGACACGUCUCCAGGCUGAAGCCCUCCGUCUUUAUCUGGUUGUCUGUGGGAACCAAUUGGGAAUUGUAUCUCAAUUUGAGUCCAAGCAGCAGUUGUAGAGUUCAGUGUUUAUAUUUAAUACUUUCUUCCCUUACGUUUUUCCAGCACCCUCUUCAUGACAACUUUGAGCUCACUGGCACAGAUUUGCAUGUCCUAGGAGAGGAGAGAAGUAAUGUAUCCAUGUAUUUCCUUUUGCUAUUUUCAUCUUUUUCUACCUUAGUUCCACAUAUUAGUCGAUCCAGUGUUGAUGAUAAAGAGUUUGUGAGCUGAUAACUUGGACAGGGCGUUGACCGCUGUUACCAGGGACUGGGCCUGGCCCCAUAUUACGCACCUCACCAGCGAUCUGUCUGUAAAUGGCCCUGAAGGUUUUGUCCUCUUC